AUGGCAAAAUAUUAUUUUAUUUGGGUAUUGGGCUUAAAUUCUUUUGGGGGGCUGAAAAUUUUUGUGGCAAUACUAUCUAUCUCACUAAUACAAACCUAUCUUCCCCCCUCCCCAGGCCCUGCAGGAGCGGCUAAAGAUGUAACAGAAGACUCGUUAACAGAAGAUGACAAGAGGCGAAACUAUGGAGGAGUGUAUGUUGGUCUCCCAUCUGAAGCUGUCAACAUGGUAUCCAAUCCAACAAAGACAGUUCAAAAAAAUUAGAAGAAAAUAUCACGACAAUAAUCAAGAGCGUGUUCAUCAAGAUUUAGAGAUGUUGCAAUGUGCAGACAUUUCCGAGGAAAUUCUAAACAGUCACCUGCCUCCCCAACCUCCCCAAAGUUCUUAAGUCUGUGGUUAAAGCCAUGGGUGCCUAUUGAACGAUGUGCCACUAGAAAGGACUUAGACAGUACACCUGUAUAUGGAACUUUCCACGGUCCACCUACGACAGACGAGCUAACAGACUUUCCCAGCCAGCCUGCUCUGUGCCAGCAGCAUUUCCACCCUGGCCACUCAACCGGUUUAUGAAGAUGACGUCUUUUCACUGAUACUUUUUUGAUAGUUUUUAUAUAACCAAGUCCUUAUUCUAUUUGUAACUGAAGAUAGUAAGGCACUAUAGACGAAUUCCCUGAAAUAAUAUAUUUGUCUGUUAUCUUUCACUAUUUCUACUUCACAUUAAUUUUUAGCUGUAGAAUUGUUAAAUUGAUUCUUAAUGUUAUCUCUCUCCUUUUUUUUUUUUUUACUAUUUGGUUUUCAGCUUUAUUUAAAUGUCAAGAGAAUUUCCUGUAUUAGGAACAAUGUAUGCCAUUGCAGUAUUAAAGAUAAAUGACUGGAAUUGGCAUGUGCUAUACACAUUUGAUUAUCUUCCUGUUUCCUUUAGUUCAAGGCUCUGAAUACAAACACUUCAUAGCCAUUGCAUCUCCCAUUCUACCUUCAAAUGAUCACAGCCUCUCAUCCUGUUAAUUCUAUACUAUUUCAAGGACCUGUGAGGGAUGGUUAAUAGGAUAUUUGCAAAGUUUUUAAUUUGUUAAUGUCAUGUGUAUCCAGUUAGUACACCAAUGUAAGUUACUCAAUUUACCAGUGUAUUUCAAUAAUUAAAAUAUUUUUAUCCCUGUUUA